CUUUUUUUUCUAAUCCGAACUCGGGCCCAAAUCAAAUGACCAUACUGCCACCAGACUUUAUUUUCUUCUUCCCCAAGCUCUCACAAGUCACAACCUCUCUCAAAGACUGAAUUUUCUCCACUCUCCGAAAGCCGAUCUAGAGUCGAGAUUCCUUAGACAGAAUGACGAAAAUUUCAGAAUCCUUGCCGCCAAAGGGUGGGUUUUCUUUCGAUCUUUGCAAGAGGAAUGAGAUGCUUUCGAAGAAUGGGUUGAAACAACCAUCUUAUCUGAAAACCGGGACCACUAUUGUCGGAUUAAUUUUUCAGGACGGUGUCAUUCUUGGAGCUGACACACGUGCCACUGAAGGCCCAAUUGUUGCUGAUAAGAAUUGUGAGAAGAUCCAUUACAUGGCUCCUAACAUCUACUGCUGUGGAGCCGGGACUGCUGCUGAUACGGAAGCUGUCACAGACAUGGUUAGCUCCCAGCUGAAACUGCACCGCUUUCAUACCGGUCGUGAAUCUCGGGUUGUGACUGCUCUCUCUCUUUUGAAGUCUCAUCUCUUCAGCUAUCAGGGUUAUGUAUCGGCUGCCUUGGUUCUUGGUGGGGUCGAUGUGACUGGCCCUCAUUUGCAUACCAUAUACCCCCAUGGUUCAACCGACACACUACCAUUUGCCACCAUGGGCUCUGGCUCACUUGCUGCGAUGGCUGUUUUUGAAUCGAAAUAUCGUGAAGGACUAAGUAGGGAUGAAGGAGUAAAGCUAGUAGCUGAAGCAAUAUGCUCUGGGAUAUUUAAUGACUUGGGAAGUGGAAGUAACGUAGACAUCUGUGUUAUAACAAAGGGGAAGCAAGAAUACCUGAGAAAUUAUUUGCUGCCUAACCCUCGUACAUAUGUCAGUGAGAAGGGCUACACUUUUACCAAGAAGACUGAGGUGUUGCUCACAAAGAUCACACCAUUCAAAGAGCUAGUAGAGGUGAUUGAAGGUGGAGAUGCAAUGGAAGAAUGAAGUGUCCUGAUUGAAACCCAUCAUGAUGGUUCACAUAAACAUUUGUGGUUUUGCUCAUUUGAUUUGUUGGAUGAACUAUUUGACAUUAUGAGUGCUGAAGAUCUGUCUCGGUCAAAACUUUGUAUCCAUGUUGCAGCAUAUUAGAGAUUAUAAUACUUAUCUAAACUUGUCUUUUUAUUAAUUUAAUCAACUUCACCGUCAUCAUUGUUAUUAUAAUCUGUUACAAUGUAAAAUGGUGCUGGCUGUGAGUCCUAUCAAGUACCAUUGGUCUCACGCAGUGUUGCCCAUGUGAAUGAAAUUUGACAAAUUUUUGAGUUGGUGAAACAUGCAAAAGAUUAUGAACCUAUUAAUAGUAGGCAAAAGAAAUUAAAUUGUAAGUGUAGAAUAUAACAAAUAGCUAGAAAUUGGUGUUGCAUUACAAGACAUGCCUAUAGAUGUUUCAUCAGCUUAUGGUGAACCAUUUACUCUCCUUCGUGUAGUAUAUAUCCACAUCAUGUCUAAAAUAUAUCCACAUCAUGUCUAAAAGCUUUGCGAAUAUUUAGAUCCACUCUAUAAGAACAUAGAACCACCCAGGAAUUUUUUUGUGAUAUCUUUCACAAUUGACUUGAGCUUGGGGUAGUUUUUGUCAUGACUUUCAUAUCUGGUGCUGUCAAUAAUUUUGAACCACUGGCUUUCCGGGUCGCACUUGCUUUCUUUGUCCAAGCAUUUGCAGUCAUUUGUGAUGAUGUUGUUGUCCGAGUUUAUAUCCAAACAUAGAGUGGUACCAUCUUGGAGUUUCGAAGAUAGGUGCAUCUUAGAGUUGGAAAUAGCUUCCCAUUUAGAAUCAUCUUCGUUGCAGAAUAUGCCCAGUGUUGCGAGGUGCCCUAAGCCCUCUGCUUGUAGACAGAAAUAUGUUCCCAUUAUAGUUAAUGUUUGUUGGGGAGUAUACUUCCACUGUUGAGCUUUGGGGCAAGGACCUAAAACCAGCUUAGGUGGGUAAAAGUAAAAGAAAUUAGUCUGCACACAAAGGCCAGUCAUAGGAUGGAAAAGUAGUUUGUGUGGAUGUGCUUCUGCGUAACCCGGUACCUGUAAAUGUAUACUGGAGAGCUGAUAUCUUGUGCAGCAUAGUUUGAUUUCUGAUGUCACACCAAUUCCAGUUGAGAACUCCAUAAGUCUCAUCAUGCCCAACAACUCCUUCCCUUAUAUAAUAACUACCCGUAAGGGCCCACAAUGCCCAGUCUAUGUCGAGCUCGGCUGCCCAUCCCAUUAGACAGUGCAAGAACCUAUUGUCGUUGACAUUAGUGCCCCUCAUAUCGAAACCAAACUCGCUCAUGAACAAGGGGUACCCUUGGUCUAACAAGAAACCCACUUUCUUCUUUAUGUCCGCCAUUUUCUCUCCACACACUUGAUUCAAGUUGCCCGACUUCCAUGCUUGUCCAUCUGAGAAACCAUACCAGUGCAUCUCAAAUGCUAACUUGUUUGAGAAACUUAAGUUCACUGGUUUAGCGGCUAGGAAAGAGAGAUCCAAGUCAAAAUUUAGGCCGGAGAGGAUGACGAUGACGUUAGGGUUAGCUGCGUGAACUGCUUCUGCUCCACGCGUCAUGUGUUUGUACCAAUCGUUUACGUUUUGUCGAGGCCCUCGGAGUUCAUUUCUCAAGCUCAUGGCGACUACAUUGUUUGUGUCCUUGAAAGUGGUGGCAACCUUGGUUAGGCCCUCUAACCACAGGUCAGGGUCAAAAUACUUGUCCCCAAAGAACCCAUUCUCAUCAAAGCUGCUGCAACACCAACCAAGGAUGCUUAUAUGGUUGUCAAGUAUGAUCAGCACAUUGUUCUUUGCAAGACUAGCCACUACCGCCUGGUAAGCGUCGAGUAGGGAGAGAUCAAUAAUGGCGGGAUUGUUGGUCUGAAAACCGGCGAUGGACUCGAAAAGUCCGAGGUUUGUGAAAGAGCGUCUGACAGUGGUGGCAGCCAAAGUGUCGUUGGUGAACAAGAAGAGCGGCCACGUGAACCUUACGCAGUUGAAGCCCAUAUCCGCGAUUCCCUUUGAAAUCGUAUCUACCGGCCGCUUGCUCAGCCCCUCGGCCACACCCGCCUCCAAAUGGGACGGCCAAUUAACACACGACAGCUUCACGCGCUUCCCCGAAUCGUCCACUAUCCACCGAGACUCCGUGUGGAGCGCUUCUGUGCCCACUAUACCACACACAAAUAAGCAUAACAACCAAAUGGAUUUCUCCAUCUCUAUU